CUUGCCACUGAACUCGCCGCGAAAAACCGGAGCUCCCUCUUGGCUCUGCGUAUUCGAGAAAGGCGUCUCCAGUUUCCAGACUUGUUUUAGAGCGAAAAACAGAGGCUCGUGACUCUGGGACUUCACCAUUAUUCAUUAAGAGAUCUCUCAAAAAGCUGGUCGAGGCUUCACAUGAAAGCCGUGGGAGGCUUUCUGUCGCCCGAGCAUCUGAAUGAGAAGUGCAUUGUAGUUGGUAUAUGAAGCUGAACUUGGUCUUUUUCGUCUCUGUGUUUCAGUAGAAGGCAGAGAAAGAUGAGCAGGAAGGUAAAAGCCUGUACAGAAUGCACCCAAAGAUGCUUACAUAUUCAUAGAAAGACUGGGAAUUUAUCAUCUGUUACGUCAUUCUUCAAAGUGAUGUUUGGAGAUCACUUUUCUGAAGUUUUGUACUUCCCGCCUAUUUUUGCUGCUACAGUGUCAAGGUUGGUUAAUAAAAAUGUUGUUCUUGAGGAUUCUCUUGGAGAACAAUGGAACGUUACAAUCUCUGAUUGCGAAGGAUCCCUUGCCUUUCAAGAAGGAUGGAAUGCUUUUUCAUCAGAGCAUGGCCUAGAAACUGGAGAUUUUUUGAUCUUCAAUCACAUUAUGGACUUGCACUUCAAUGUUAGUAUCUACACUAAAACUGGUUGUGAAAAAAUAGAGUUCCCUAAAAAGGGCAAUAUGAGGAAAAGAGCUAGUACUGGUCCUUUAUUUGAGACAAUAAAUGAAGGUUUGACAAAUCCGCAAGUUUCAUACCCCUCUGUGGGUUCUGAAUCCAAUAUGGCAUUAUCUCAAGACAAAUGUCUCAUGGCUGGUUCCCAAAACAUGAAUGUAAACUGGAACAAAAGGCCAAAGUACAGGAGGAAUGAUGAAGGGCGUGGACCUCUCUGUAAAACAGACGUCAUUGAUGAUUCAUAUUGUUUCAUCAACCAAAACAAGGAUGUAGGACUGGAGGAAAACAGAAGCCCCUUACUUGACUUGUUUUUAAUGGAAAUGCAGAUGGUCAAUCCCUCCACCAAGGAGAAUACCACAAAAAAUGUUGGUGAGGAUGAGUUAGAUCCUAACUGUACUUCCACUUCAGCGACUGCUGCAAAUGAUGCAAUCAUUGUCACCCUAGCUAACGAUGCUCCAAUAGAUAUAAAAGGAGAGAGGGAAGCAUUGCCUUUGGAUACAUGUGCUAACAAGAUGAUUGAUAAAAUUCAGUGUUUUGAGAAGGCUAACAUAAAGAUGAGCGUCUCUGACAACAAUCCUUGCCAUGACAAGACUAUUGAGGUUCCUUUUAUUUCAGCUGCAAAAAAUUCUGAUAGAGAUGUUGAGCGUUUUUAUGAAACACCAUUAAAAAUGGUAAAAGCCUGCCAGAAUGUACCAGCAAUAUGCAAUACACCAUCAACAAUUACAAGACACGAUCUGGGGUCUAAUGAGAAACGUAGUUCUUCCACCGAACAUUGCCGUAGUGUAAAACAGGAGUACGCUCCAAAUUCCUCAGAAGUUAGAAAAUGGGACGUGGCAAACAUCAUUAAGAAGGAACCAUUGGAAAUUAAAACUGAAGUGAACAACUUUGGAGACUCCAUUAAACAAAUACUGGAGCCAAAAGUCAUUAAGGAGGAGUACACUGAGAUGUCUAAUCAAAGUGGUAGAGAUAAUAAUGAUGACACUAAUUAUGAAGAUCCGAUCGAAACUCCAGCCCAUAUCUCCUGUAUAGUAGCUAAAGAUACUCUAUCUUUUCUGGAACUGCCGACAAGUUUGCACUUAUCAUGUUCGAGAGGCCGAAGAAAUCCAGAGAAGAAGAGGAUAGUGCUUCUUCGGGAUCCCAGAAAGAGAUUGUGGCCAAUUCUUUACCAUGAGAUGCCUAAUGUUAAAGUUCUAACAAGUGGCUGGGAAGCCUUUCGCUCUGGAAAUGAAAUCCAAUCUGGGGACGAGUGCUUGUUUCGCAUUGAGGACGAGGUCGAGCGCAUAUUUGAAGUUAGUAUUAGGAAAUGUAAAAACUAGUUGUAUCAUAUGAUUCUAGUGCUCUUUUCAUUUGGUUUCCUGCUCAUAUCUCUUGUUGAAAAAAAAAAGAAAAAGAAAAAAAGUACGAGUAUUAGUCCCGAGACGAUGGUGGAAAAUCAUGUUGUUGAUUACCAUAUUUGCUUGGCAUUCUCUCCAUAAAUAAUUUUGUAUGGAACUGGAAUAGUUGUAUUGUUUAUUCAAAUAGCACCAUAAAUACAAUGCAAUGACCUUCCAAAA